AUGAAAACCUUCACAGCGCUUUCGGCGCUGAUAGCAGUUGCCUCUGCGCAAGGCAUAAGCUCUAGGUUCGGCAGGACAACACAGUCCUUGGAUGUCAAGCCGACAUCGAUAGGAGACGUAGAGCCUACCGCCACAGAGACAGUCUCCGGCCCAAUACAAACAGAACGCGCAUGUGCGGCAAUAGCAGACUCUGUGUCAGACACUGUUCUGAAACUCCCAGCCGUGGACGCUGAGCUUGCAUAUGCAUGCCUAAAGACCGUACCUAUUAUUGCAAAGGAUGCUUCGUCUACAAUCGAUUCGAUAAAACAGAUGGUGGAGUUCCAAUCAACACUAUCAUAUCUGAAAGAUCCACCGAAAGGAUACCCAAAUGGAGCAGUAGAUAUCAUGGCAGGGCUAGAAGACAUCAAAUCAAGAGUGAACAAGGGAGAUUAUACGAACGAGUACGAUUUCGAAAACGACAUUGCCUCUCUCUUGGUCAAAGCGCAUGACGGCCAUCUAAACUUUCAAGGCAUGGCUUAUGCGGGCGCGUUCAGGUGGCGGAGAAGCAGUAGCAUCGCCCUGAUUUCGGCGUCCAAAGAUGGCAGUGAAGAACCGAAGGUGUGGGCAAUCGCAGACUUCAACACCACAGAUACCAGCUACACACGCUCGCCUAUCACGCAAAUCAAUGGAAAGGACGUCGCUCAAUUCCUGCAAGACGAGGCUAAUCUGAUUGCGUAUCAUGAUCCAGAUACCAGGUACAAUGCCAUGUUCUUUCUGCAGUCCGCUGAGAACUUUGGGUACUUCACGAAUCCGCGUUUUUACCCUGGACCUACGACUAGUGUUACGUAUGAGAACGGGACGUCAGACGAGUAUAAGAAUGUUGCAGUCGUCGUGCAACCCAGGGCAUGGCAAGAUAUCACCGACCCCAAAUCCUUCUACGAAACAUACAUCAUCCCGCAAGCAAGCUCGCGGAAAAUCAAGAAGCGAGACCCGAACGACCUGCCAAUGCAUUUGGAGAAUCCAAGGGAUCAUGAGUUUAGGAGCUAUUCCCCCAUACAGCAGGGUUCAGUACCGCUCCUCUACCCUAAACCUGUUGUUGCGCACUCUGCCCCCAAGGUUCCUUUGGCCGGCUACUUCCUAUCUACCAGCGUAGGCCAAAUCGGCGUCUUGGUCGUUCAAACAUUCAAUACCAACAAAACAGCCGAAGCCGUUGAGUUUCAGGCCGUGGUGCAAAAUUAUAUUGCCCAAGCCAAGUCCCGCGGCGUGGAGAAGCACAUCAUCGACGUGCGGGCCAACGGCGGCGGCAAGGUGUUGAGCGGGUACGACAUGUAUCUCCAAUUCUUCCCAUCCCAGGAGCCACAGACACAAUCGCGAUACCGCGGUCACCGAGCCAGCGAACUCUUCGGGAAAUCAAUAUCCUCGUUCCUUAAACUCACCUCGUUGAACGCCGAACUUUUCACCUCGCCCUUUAGCAACGAUGGAUACGUCAACUCGAAGCUGGAAAAGUUCAAUAGUUGGGCCGACAUGUAUCCGCCCGAGACCUUCCACAACGACCGCUUUACGUCACUGCUGAAAUACAAUCUCUCAGACCCGUUGAUGACAUCCAACCCGCGCUUAGGACUCGGCAUCACGGUGACGGGCUACAACGACCGAUCAAAUUUCACGGCCGACCCCUUCCGCGCAGAAGACAUCAUUAUCCUCUCCGACGGCCUCUGCGCCUCGACAUGCGCCCUCUUCCUCGAACUCAUGGUCCAACAAUCCCACGUGAAAACCCUCGCAGUAGGCGGCCGUCCCCACUCCGGUCCCAUGACCCCUGUAGGCGGCACAAAGGGCACUCUAGUCCUACCUUCUACCUACCUGCAAUCGCUCAGUGCCUACACAAUCCAAAACUUCGCAUCCUCCCGCUCCGAAGCGCGAGAUUGGGCGUCCUUUGUGCCGAACCCGUUUCCCAUCGCAGUAGCCGAUGCAUCUGUUAAUUUCCAGGAUAAUAUCCGCGCGGGUAUGGAGAAAGGGGGUAUGCCGACGCAGUUUUUGAAUGAUAGUGCUAGUUGUCGGAUUUGGUAUCAGCCGGAUAUGCUUUUGAAUGUUACGAAGCUGUGGGAGAGGGCUGCGGUUGUGGCGUUUGGAGGGAAGGAUGGCGGGUUGAAUGAGCAGUCGUGUGUGUCGGGGAGUGUGGCUAGUCGUGAGAUGCAGGUAGGGAAGGGAGAAGGGAAUCCGUCAAGUGGUGGGAAUGGGACGGCGGAUAAGAAGGAUGCUGCUGCAGGGCUAAGGCCUGGGUGGGCGGCCGUUGGGGUUUGGGCGGUUGUUGUAGGUGUUAGUUUCUUGGUGUUGUGA